GACAGCUGUUCGUUUUGUCACGGUUCAGAAGACACCCUGUUGUCAUAGCAAUCAGACAACGCUAAACACUAAUGCACAUUUUACAAACAUUUCCGAUUUUCUUCCUUGGGAUUCAAGAAAUAUAACUUUGAAAAAUUAGCUUGUUAGAACGAGAAAAGAGCGGAUUAAAAUAAGAUUAUGAAUUCUGGCUUAUUCACAAAAGAAGUGAUGGCAUGUGGCAAAAACACGAGCUAAUUUUUGGUUGACUUUUAGAUUGUUAUAGUGUUAUAUUUUUGCCGGCAAGAAUUUCAAAACAUUCUGAGAAGAUGCCUAGACGUCCACGGAUCCCGAGCGCUUCGUCAUCUUCCAUGGAAUCAUCCUUUGAUUUCCGAAAGCAAAUUGAAUUUGAUGCUACAAAGAGCCUCAUUCGAUCUCGUAGUGAUUGCUUCUUGGACUCGAAGAGAAAGCAAGACAAAGAAAGAGCCAUUCGACGACGUGAGGAAUCGACUCCUUGGGACGUCAAACCACCGGACUUCAGACUCCAGUUAUAUCAACCCAAACCUAAAACACGUAAUGCUAGAGAGUCUAUGAUUCCAGAUUAUGAUGAAGAUGUAUGGAGGAGAGAACAAAGGGAGAGAACGCGAGAAAAGAUCAAGUUCGAACGGGUUCCACUUCCUAAGAUAUUACAAAAGGAAGGUCCAGCAGAGAAACCCUUUCUUACAAAAUUUAGGAUACCAGAUCCAUAUGCUGAUAAGAUAAUGUUUGUUAAAGAUGGGAAAUUUCAUCCUGGUCCUUAUAGGAAUCCGGAUCUUCCUGUAUUCCGGGCAGAUACCUUUACAAAGCUUGCAAAGAAAUAUGGAAUACCAGACUUUGACUCUUCAUACCCUCAUGACCCACAGGGUCUAAUAGCCAAGUCUAAUGGUCUUCGUGUCCUUUGUGAAGCUUAUAAAGAUAGUGAAAUCAUGAAAACUGAUGGAUACCGAAAACAACUUUUAACAUACAAACCUCAGGAACCUGAUUGGGAUGUCACACUCAUAUUACCUACUGGGGCUUACAAAAAGGGACGAUCAGCACAUAGUGCCUUGAUGAAGAGAAUAGAGCAACAGCUUCCCUGGUGCCCUGAUAAAGACAAGCUAGAACCAAUUAGAAGACCUGAUAUCUUUGAUUACAAGACUGUUGAUUGGAUUGCAGUGACAAGCCACUCUAGGGAUGAGAGCACAAGAAUAUAGGGACGAGUAACACACACCUCUCUCAAAAACAAUUCAAUAUACUGCUUUGACUAUGAGACAGACUCAGUAAUGUCUGUUAGCUAUCUGUGUGCCAAGCACAUCAUAACAUGUCUUAAUUAAAUUCAUUACUACUGAUUUCAUUGCUACGUGCUGAUUAAGACAGCAGUCACUACCAGGGAAAUCACAGGCAAUAGACUGUCGGCAAUCAAAUACAUGGUUGGUACCUUUACAAUACUCUGAUUGAGAGCAGUGUAUUGCUAGAUUUCCCUGUCGUGACUGUUGUCUUGAUCAACGCGUAACAAUCAAAACAAUGGCAAUAAAAUUAUUUAAGGUCAUGUUAUGAUGUGCAGCCUGCAAGGAUAAAGAAUUUCAGCUAGAAUGGAAUUUAUAACUUUUGUAAUUUAAGCUAAAAGAAUUGAAUUUUCAGUUUUUACAAAGUAAGACUAGAAGCUAUCUUUUCCCAUAGAGAAAUUGAACUAAAAGCAGUAGACAAGUUUUGAGAAAAGCAUUACCAGGGACAUAGGAGCCAGGGGGGCAAUAUGGGCUAACUUUCAUUUUUACCCCACCCCUACCCCCUUCAAAAAAAGUAUGCUCCUACCUUCCUGAUAACCAGUUCAGCCAAAACAAACUUCUCAAAUAUGGAUACUGAUGGAGAAAAGCCAAGCUGACCCUUAUUAGAGAGGUGUCCAUCUGAAGUCUUUUGGCGCUACACAAAUAACAUUAGAGGUCUUCUUUAAUGUGAAUACCACAGCCAGGAGAUACACAAGUGUCUCUUAAAGGAAUCUGUAAUGAGCUAGGCUUCCAUUUAUAUGGCUGUACAUUUUUAAUGCAAUUAUUCAGGUAUGGUCAGGAAGGUCUGGCUGUAUGAUCGUAUAAUUAUAAAAUGUUAACACUUUUCUACUAUUUAUAAAUUUCUAUAAUAUCAUAGUAUUUAUAUUUCAUAAACAAAUUCAUUAUGUUUUUGAUUCUUAGAUCUGUCAUACAGAUUUUCAUUGAUAUAUGUUUUUGAACAUUAAUUUUUGAUAUGUGUU